UUUUACUAGAAAUCCUGAUAAACUGGUCAGAUAACGUUCGGUGAGCUCUUUAGUGUGUUUAACAGAAAAAACAAGGUGUAGUUUCCUUUCGCGGGUUGUGGGAGUGGCUGUACACCGCCCUUGGUUUUUAUUCCUGUUUGAAGGGGAUAAAAUAUAACGGAUCCAAUAAGAUGGCAGACUGUGUCAGCAAGGUGGAGCUGAGUGUCUCCUGUGCUAACCUGCUGGAUAAAGAUGUGGGGUCAAAGUCUGAUCCUCUGUGUGUCCUGCUGGAGAGCACUGGAGGAGAUAAGUGGGCUGAGUUGGGCCGCACUGAGCGUCUGAAGAACAACUCCAGCCCGUCCUUCAGUCAGCGUCUCCGACUGGAUUAUCACUUCGAGAAAGUUCAGAACCUGAAGCUGGGUGUCUACGACAUCGACAACUCUAGCUCUGAUCUUGGUGAUGAUGACUACCUGGGAGGGGUGGAGAUCACACUUGGCCAGAUAGUUUCCAGCAAAACUGUGACCAGACCUCUGCAGCUGAAGAAGGGCAAACCUGCUGGGAAGGGAACCAUCACUAUCACAGCAGAGGAGAUAAAGGACAACAGAGCCAUUGAGUUGGAGUGGGAGGCUAAAAACCUUGACAAGAAGGAUACGUUUGGGAAGUCUGAUCCAUUCCUGGAGUUUUUCAGACAGGGAGAUGAUGGGAAAUGGCAGCUGGUCCACAGGACAGAGGUUGUGAAGAACAAUCUGAAUCCAACCUGGAAGAAGUUCACCAUCCCUCUGCAGACUUUCUGCUACAGCGACCUUGAAAGACCUCUGAAGGUGGAUUGCUCUGAUUACGACAGUGAUGGAUCUCAUGAUCUGAUUGGUUCUUUCACCACUAAAGUCUCCGAUAUGCAGAAAACAGCACACGGCUCACCGGUGCAAUUUGACUGCAUCCAUCCCGAGAAACAGAAGAAGAAGAAGAGCUACAAGAACUCUGGAGUUGUCUCUGUCAAGAGCUGCAAGCUGAUCACUCAGUACACCUUCCUGGACUAUGUGAUGGGCGGCUGCCAGAUCAACUUCACCGUUGGGAUCGACUUCACUGGCUCAAAUGGUGAUCCUCGCUCACCCAACUCUCUCCACUAUAUGAGUCCAGAUGGGCUGAACCAGUACCUGUCUGCUCUGUGGUCUGUGGGCCAGGUGGUCCAGGACUAUGACACCGAUAAACUCUUCCCAGCGUUCGGUUUUGGAGCCAAAUUACCUCCAGACUACCAGGCGGCACACCACGAAUUCGCCCUCAACUUCAACCCAACUAACCCUUACUGCCAAGGCAUCCAGGGGAUUGUUGAAGCCUACAGGAUGGUUUUGCCUCAGCUCAGACUCUCUGGACCAACAAACUUCUCCCCCAUCAUCAACCAUGUUGCCUCCAUUGCUGCCGGUGCCGCACAGGCUAAUGCUGCGGCUCAAUACUUUGUCCUGCUAAUCCUCACUGAUGGCGAGAUCACUGACUUUGACCAGACGAGGGACGCCAUCGUUCGGGCAUCAAGACUCCCCAUGUCAAUCAUUAUUGUGGGGGUAGGACCAGCUGACUUUAAGGCCAUGGAGCUUCUGGAUGGAGAUGACGGUGUGCUUAGGUCAACAGCUGGAGAAUCAGUCGCCAGAGACAUUGUCCAGUUUGUGCCGUACAGACAGUUUGCAGAUGCUCCUCAGGCUGCUCUGGCUCAGUCUGUGCUCGCUGAGGUUCCCAAUCAGCUGGUCUCUUAUUUUAAAACAAGAGGGCUGGAACCACCAAAAUCUCAGGCUGCUGCUAAAUCCUAAACCUAAAAAUCCUAAACAUUCCACAUGCCCUAAAGCCCACCCUCACAUUCCCCCAAACCACUCCCCAAAACCGAAGGCCCACCCUCAUGUCAUUCCAACCCACCACUAGACCACCACAUACCCCCACUCGGCCUUAAGCCACAAAGUUGACCACUCUUCAAGGACCACGCUGAUGUGUUAGCCAAUCACAGAACAGCACUCAGCUGUUAGCCAAUCACAGAACAGCACUCAGCUGUUAGCCAAUUGCAGAACAGCUGUUAGCCAAUUGCAGAACUAACAGCUGUUAGCCAAUUGCAGAACAGCACUCAGCUGUUAGCCAAUCAGGAUGCCACAGGAAAACAUCCCAGUUUUGUUUACUCCAUUUAAGAAUGUCUUUGUUUCCAGAUCUUCGUCUUCUAUAGGUGGAAUGACAAUCUUAGAAUAUAAAUGGCAGAUUAUUUAUUCCUUCUGCUGCUUCCACAGUAUCUAUGCAGAUCACAUGUGUUUGUUAGCAUGUGUUUGAAAAUCAAAGAGCCACACACACACCCACACACACAGGGGAAAAGUGUCUUGUUUUUGUUCCACAUGUAUUCUAACAGAAGAAGAAAGUUACUGACAGUGGAGAUGUGAUCUCUAAAAUCUGUACAGAUGUCUGGGUUUUCUCAUUCGUUUAAAUAUAGUUUUAUCACAGCAGCCCCUAGUGGACAUGAGUGGCACUGCAGCUCCUGGUUCCUCAGUUCUGUGUGUGUGUGUGUGUGUGUGUGUGUGUGUGUGUGUGUGUGUUGCUCUGAUUUAGCUUUUUUUUUUUUUUUUUUUUUAAUGUGCCAAUACCUUGCACUUUGCUGGAAGAUUAUAUUACAAAUGAUAUAUAGCUUUGCACCUACCGCCUUACUAUAGACUUCAAUGCUGCCUUAUAGUGUAGCCUUAGUUUAGCUUCUUUCUUGCUACUUGAGCCUGAAUGUUUCGGGAUAGCUCUCUUGUACUGCUGGUUGUUAAUGCUGCCAUUUUGGCUCCCAGAGCUCCAUUUUGCACAUUAUGUCAGUAACGUUUGCAGGUUACUAGUAAAUCUGAACGUCUGCAAUUCAACUGCAAUCAAUUGAUUGAAAUAGAGUCUAGGUUGGACAUUAAAGAAAAUAUAAUGUGAGCGUUAUAACAAAGCAAUUAGUAUCAAACAUAAUGUGCAAAGUGAAGUCAAACAAAGUUUAGAACAACGACAGUAAAGUGCCUUUUAGAAUAAACCUGAAAACUUUUAACACUUGAAUGAAUCCUGGGAGCCAAAAUGGCCACCUGUGCAGCACAGUGACAUCACUGCUCUCUUUAGAUCCUAUGCAAAUAAGAUGUUUUUGAAGUUGGAAAAAAAUUGUUUCCAAAGCAAAGACAAACACUUUAAAACAUGAAUUUGUAUUUAAGCUUGAACUCCAUAUCACAGCAACAUGUCCAGGCUUUGAAGGAUUAAUGCCAAGGAAAACAAGAGGUGGAAAAGUAAGCAAUUAAUAAUCAGACUAAACUUUUAUGUAACUGAAGUCAUAAAACAGCAGGCAUUGUGGACACUUUAGGAAGCCUUGAGAUAAACAUGGCUCCUACAGCCUGGGAUGCUGGGAUUUAAAACGUGUCAAAAUAUAUGUUUACAGCAUAGUCACAUUUAAUUUUGUUAUAAAAUACUGUUACCACAGCUUCAGCUGUAAAGACUUCUAAACAAUUAUUAGAUGUUGUGCCUUUUUGUUUUUUAAAAGAUUAGCUUGAGAAAAUGCAGGAAAGGAAGGAGGAAAAAUGGGAAACAAAAAGAAGUGCUUGGUUAAACUGAAACCCUCGACUUUGUGGUCAGUGUCUUGACCUCCAAACUCAUGGGGUGGCAAGAUUGAGCUUUUUUUACUCAUGUCACAUCACCACUUUUGUGCAAGAUGUUGAUUUUAAAAAAAAAAGAAGAAGAAAAGUGACAGCUGUUAAUCAACGUUCGCUUUUCACACUAAUUUGAGGUCAAAUUUUUGUACUCUGUAUUGAUUGUAUUUUUAUUUUAACUUGAGCCAAGAUUUCUUGUUUCAGUCUCAUGAAAGCGCUGGUUUGAUUUUCUUCAAUUAAAACUCUGAGAGAUCAGAUCUCCAGGGGAAAAAGGUCAGGCAAAAGUGAUCAAACAUGUUGUUUUAUCUAUUUUUAAUUGAAACAGUAUUUCACCAUGAAUAUGGGUAAUAGAAAGCCACCUCCUCUGCACAGCGUCCUGAUAGACUCACAGGAAGUGAAUCCACCGCUAAUUUUGUUACAGAAGUUCAGAGAUCAGCUGAAUGGGAUAAACUGUUUCUUAUUAAAACACCAUCUCCCUUGUUUUGCUUUACUGUUUGCCAAAAUCCUUUUCCUUGCAGAACUAAUUAUAUAAUUAUCGCAGCAGCACACACAACUUCUGUAUUAACAGCUGUGAUCAGUUCAACAGAAGGAUCAGUUUCAUUUAAAUACAUUUUAAACCACUGCAAAGUUGUUGGUUUUUUUUUUUUUUUUUUUUUUUUUUAAGUUUCACGUAUUGGACAAAAUUUGGGAGAAAAAUCUGUUUUUAUUUUGUUUUUUUUUUUAUUUUGUUUUUUUUAAUUUCUUUUCUGCUCUAUGCCAACUUUUAGGUUGGGAGCUGCUGGUUUAUUUCUGCUGUGGCAAAAGGGUUAGGUUUAGUCUUAGAAACAGGCCUGCAGUAUUUGAAUUUUCUGCAAACAGAAAAUUCUAAAUUUGUUUUAGAAAAAGAUAAUUAAAUCUACUAUUGUUCCGAUUUUAUUUUGGUUGUUUUGGGGUUGUUGUUUUUUUGUGCCAAACAUUAGUAGAUUCAGUAGAAAGUUUGUUUCUUUCAGGUUGUUUUUCACCUUCACCUGGUGCUUCUAAAGGAAGGGAAACUUCUGUUUUCACAUGUUGAUUACUGAAACAUAUUUUUGUUCUACUAAAACAUAUUUUAGGAGACCAUGAUUGAUCACAUUGAUUGGUCACAUGGUGCUGUCGUCUCACAAACCCACAGUAGCAACAAAUUAAGCUUAAGAUUAGGUAUUAAUAAUUAUGAUGAUGAUGAUGAUAAAGCACUACAUCUCCCAUAGUAUUCCCACACUGCUGCAGGCUGUGAUUAGAAUAGUUUGUGGAGCCACAGCAUAAUGUGACUAGCAGCUCCACUGCUCAUUUGGCUAACUGCUAUUGACUUACCUAUGUAACUAAACCAGUAUAACCAAUAAUAAACCUGUCUGUGAAGAAUGCUUGUCUCAAGGCGGUAAUAAAAACUGGGAAA